CAAAGAAACGCAUUAAAAUCUCGCCUCCGCCAUUCCUCCCUCCCAUAUCCGCUCUCCCCAAAACUCCCCCCCCAAACCCCCAAUCGCGCGAGCACGCACGCACGCGAAUCCAACCCUACUCCGACUCGCACGAAACCCUAACCCUAUGUUGGCCAUGGCCGGCGACGGGACCGACGCCGCCUUCGUGGACGAGGUGGAGCCGACGGUCACCAUCAGCGAGUACAUGGACGGUAUCGAGGCCGAGGAGCUGGAGGCGGAUUUGGUGCUGGGCGGGGACGACGGCAACGAGUGCACCUACGGCGCCGGCUACCUCAAGCGCCAGGCCGUCUUCUCCUGCCUCACCUGCGUGCCCGACGGCGUCGCCGGGGUCUGCACCGCCUGUUGCCUCGCCUGCCACGACGGCCACGAGGUUGUUGAACUUUGGACGAAGCGAAAUUUUCGUUGCGACUGUGGCAACUCAAAGUUUGGAGGACACCUCUGCAAACUUAGCCCUGAGAAAGAUCCUGAAAAUCCAGCAAAUUCUUAUAAUCAGAACUUCAAGGGUUCCUACUGCACAUGCAGUAGGCCCUAUCCUGAUCCAGAAGCCAAGGAGCAAGUUGAAAUGAUACAGUGCUGUAUUUGUGAGGACUGGUUUCAUGAAGAUCAUAUUGGGCUUGACUCUUUGGAGAAGAUACCAAGAGAUGAGGAAGGGGAGCCACUGUAUGAAGAAUUCAUAUGCCAUCAAUGCUCGCCUGUUUGUUAUUUCUUGAAACUCUAUCCUGAUACGAUCUGGGCUUCUAGUAAGCAGAGUUCUGCAUCAGAAGCUGUUACUGCUGAUUCAAAUGGUAUGGAAGGAGGUUCUUCAGGUCAUGCUGACACUGAGAAAAAUGAAAACGGUGCUCCUGUAGACCGUCAAAGCAUUGAAAAUACCUCUGUCGAGGAGAACUGUACAAAAGACAUUGCAGCUUCAGAUAAGUCCAUUUUGGGUGACAAUUCAGGUGGCAACUGUAAGAUAGGAGUGGAUAUAAAUACAACAUCAGCUGAUUCAGAGAAAACUAUGCCCUUUUUCAUGUCAAAAGGCUGGAGAGAGACCCUGUGUAAAUGUGGGACAUGCACCAACUUCUAUGCGCAACGAGGCAUUGCACAUCUUACUGAUAAGGAGGACUCUAUUGAGGAAUAUGAGAAGAUAGCGAAGCAGAAAAGGGAGAAGAAGUUGGAGCAGCAGGAAGGAGCUGAAGCUAACUUCAUCAAUUCACUUAACCAUGUUCAGAAGAUAGAGAUUCUGAGUGGCAUCAAUGACAUGAAAAAUGAGUUUCAAUCCUUUAUGGUAAAAUUCUCUGCUUAUUUGUCUGUUGGUCACUUGUCCGUAAGUUGUUUGUUAUUUCUACAUGCACUGAUACCUGUAGCUUGUGUGCCUCCAUGCUUGUGCUAUCUAUUCACCAAAAUUAGACCAACAACUAUACUAAUACAGAGAAAGGGUUCAAGGUCAGCUUAGUUCAAAGUCCAUCAGUACUCCUAGCUUCUUAGCAAUACAACAAUAACAAUAGCUUAUAUCAGUCACAGUAAAUUCUGAUUUUAAAUCACCAUUGUCAAUUGGCUAUAUAAUAGAGUCAGUUAUUGUUAGCAUUUAGCAACAUGAUCUAGUUACUGGUUAAUUAAAAGUAAGUGCUGCAAUAAAUACCUAAUCAAAUAACCUGGCAGCAACCAUGGUGGCAUGGCUUUAUUAUCAAUACCUAAUUACAUGUUUAAAACUUAGAAGUUCUGCUCCUUGUUCUAAAUAUAGGAGAAUAGAUUAUUCACAAUUUCUCUCAUGGUGAGCUGUGAAUUAUACACUAAGCGGUGUUAAUUAGGAUCUUAAAGUGUACAUGCCCAGGUCAAUCUAUGAAAAUAAAAUUAUUGUUCUUCAACAAAUAUGCUUCAUGGCACAUGUUAUCAAAUAAAAUCAGGCUAGGCAGCACUGCCCCAUUUACCAAAUUUUCUUCUGAAAAGUAGUGAAUUCCUCUAGCCUCUGCAUCAAUUGAUGCACUCAGCCAUCUUUAUUGCAAAGCAUUGGAACUGUACAAGUGAAGAAGCAAGAAAAACACUGUGAAAGGCGUUAAAGACCACAGUAGAGUUUAUGCCACAGCCACAUAUACUUAAGACUGCCAUCCAGAUGGGUUGAAUAGUCUGAUCUACCAUCAAGUGGUUGCACCCAGAGAACAAAGAAUCAUGUGUCUUCAGACAAUGCAGUAAGCACCAUGCAUGGAUCCAAUGUGUAGUCAUAUGAAUAACCUGCCAAGGAAAUAGGCUAGUCUUUUUUGUUAAAAAUAAUAUCAUUACAACAUGUAUGAUCAAACAUGGGUGGUUUUCAACAUUGUGUUUUGGAAAGAUAGAUAUUUCAUGCAUAACAGUUAUAGCAGAAAUGGAACAUUGGGGACACCUCUAACCUCCCUUGGAUAUGGGUCAUCUGAAUACAUGAAAACGUCACCGUGGGUUGGUGCUAAAUGUUGCUGGGGCCAUAGGACUGAGUGCACUGCCACAUGCCUGCAUGGUGUAGGAUCAGGGUUCACCAACACGGAUGAAAGUACCAACAUGUUCUGCAUAACUCAUUUGCAGUCUCAGAUUUUGAUGCAUGUUUCACUAAUUUCUUAUUCUGCAUAUAUAAGUUUUUCUCAAUUAUGUGGAUCAAUAUAUUUGAAUUUGAAUUUCUUUGAUAUGUAUAUCUGCAUUGCCAUUAAUAUUUUAAAAGAAAAUCCCAUUUCAUUGUUCAGAUCUGCCCAUGUGAUUUAUGUUCACUACAAUUCCAUUUCAACAUGAUGGCAAAAUUAUGUCCUUUUCCUUUUGUUCUUAAGCUGUGCAGUUUAUGCACAUUUAUGGUUCAUUUCUUUUGUUCAUCUACCUGAUGGGUGUUUAUUUGUAACUUUGAGCAGGAAUCCUUUGAUCCAUCAAAACCAGUUACAUCUGAUGAUGUAAAAUCUAUUUUCGAGAAUCUUGCUAGGAAGAAGCAGA